AUGUCAUUAGCUAUUGAAUAAUCUAUUGAUUACUCUUAUAUUAGGUUACCAUUCGAAGUCAUUGUUAAAUGUAUGAAUAUUAAUGAAGCUUUAGAAUUUAAGAGCACAAGAAAAUAAUUGGAGCAUGAUCUCACAAUCACUUUAAGUUAAAUUGCUCACAUUAAUUCUUCAGAGAAGGCUGACUUGGUAAUCGAAAGAAUUCGUGCAAUUCAGAAGGCAUUGCAUGAAAAUUAGGAACAUGAAAAACAAUAUGUGGAAUCUUAUCUUUAAAGAUUAAAAUGUGAAGAAUGUGGAAAUGAAUUAAAGUUACAACGAUCACUAAUCGACAAUCUAUUAAGAGAAGGCUAUUUCAAAACAGCAUAAAAAUUGAUAUAAUCCUAUUAAAUACAAGUAUUAUAAAAACAAGAAAUAAUUCUAGAGGCUAAUACAAUAAUUAAAGAUUUGAAAAAUAGAUCUAUCAAAAAUGCCUUCAAAUGGUAUUAAUAGAAUUCUAGUAAAUUAAAAAAACUGAAUAGUUCGUUUUAAAAUGAUUUGGUAUUCUAAUAGUAUAUCGAAUAUUUGAAACAGGAUCCUACUAUGGCUCUGAAUUACAUAAGAGAUUAUCAAAUUUACAUGAAUCAAGAGAGCAUACAAAAAUGCAUGGGAUGUUUGUUAUUUAUAAAAUAAAACACUAUGCCUCCUCAAUACUAAUAAUACUUCGAUGACAAACGAUGGGAACUGUUGAUUAGACAAUUUAAAUAAGAGCUAUACGAUGUGUACUGUUUUCCAAAGGAAUCCCCUUUAUUAAGCUUUGUAAAGUGCGGAAUCACAACAUUAAAAACCUAGUAUUGUGAUUAACCUGAUUAUCAAUAAGUGAACAGAUGUCCUAUUUGUAACAAAUAAAUGCAAGAGUUAUCAAAGGAUUUGUUGACCACACAGAAGUUGGGAUCGACUUGGAUCUGCAGAAUAUCAGGAGAAUUGAUGGAUGAAAAUAACCCACCUAUGAUGUUGCCUAAUAAUCAAGUUUAUAGUUAGAAGUCAUUGUUGCAGAUGAGCGAAUAAUAGAAUGGAUAGGUGCAUUGUCUAGUGACAAAACAGACAUUUAAAAUAAGCGAAUGUGUUCGAGUGUUUUUAACUUGA